GGCGCGGGGCUGCUGCCGCUGUCCCUGCCCCGGCUGCUUUUCCUCCUCGCUUUCCCCCUCCCGCCGGCCGGCGCGGCGCUGCGGCUGCUGCUGGGCGCUGAGCCGCCCUUCACCUGCUCCCAGCCGGACUUAAACUGCCUCGUAAGAAAUAGUACCUGCAUGGAGGUGAGCUGGCUGCAGGUUUCCACGUGGACUCCUUCUGCUCCAAGCAGUCUUCAUGUCUCUUCUGAUGUUUUCCAUCAGAUGGAUGGAAGCCUGCUCCCUGUGCUUCGGAUAGAAUGGAAAGUGGCCACUGAUGCUAGCAUCCGGUAUCUCCGAGGGGCAGAGCUGGCUGUGAUGCAAGUGAACAGCAAUCAACAGAUCUGCGCCCAGUUUGACUUUCAGAACAAUUUGCCACUUCAGGUCCGUCCAGAUGGAGGCCGGUGGAAUUUCACUUUUGACCGUUUUGAAGUGGAACCUGGCCAGACUUACCAAGUGACUGUCUACCACCUGCCUAAACUGAGUGUAGCUGGAGACUACAAUUGCAAAUCCACAUCUCUCACAGUGCCUGACUGCAAGGACUCUCAAAUGAAAAGAACCAUGCCAUGUAUAAAGACAGGCAGUUUGUGGGAGCCCAGGAUCCAAGGUAGAAGUCUAGAUGAUACAACUCUGCUUGUGAGCUUCAACCCAUGGAUGGAGUCAGCCCGAUACCAAAUUCAUGUGGCCAGUUUCCUGAAUGAGACAAAGUGUAAAAGGAUCACACGUGAUUUAACUGAGGGCGGGCUUCAGCAGCAAGUGAAUGUCACAAUCAAAAUAGAGAAGAAUAUAAGAGCUUGCUGCAACUAUGAAAUACAGAUUCAGCCAUUCUUUGCGAACUGUGGCACAGACUGUCUGAGACACUCUGCUUUCAUCCCAUGUUCACCAGCACCAACUACGAACCCAUCAGGUGAUAUGAUUAUAUGGCUCUACUGGUGUAUCACUGGGAUCAGUGUGUUACUGGUGGGCUCUGUCAUAGCAGGUGUGGUUUGUAUGACCAAAAAACGAGCAGGACACCAGCGAAGGAAAUGCAACCACAAUUAUUUGCAGAAUGCAGCACCAUAUACUGACCUUCCUCUGUCACCCUUGAAGCCCCGGAAGGUUUGGAUUGUGUACUCUGCUGAUCACCUGCUGUACGUGGAUGUGGUGCUGAAGUUUGCAGAGUUUCUGAUGACAGUCUGUGGCACUGCUGUAGCCUUAGAUCUACUAGAAGAUCAUCAGAUCUCAGAGUUAGGGCCCUUACCCUGGCUUACGCGACAGAAGAAGGAAAUGGAAGACCUAUCUUCGAAGAUCAUCAUCUUAUGUUCACGAGGCACCCAGGCCAAGUGGCAAGCCAUGCUUGGGAGUGAUCCUGUGUAUCUCAAGCAAGAUCAACAAAAGCCAAUGGGAGACCUGUUCACCCCAGCCUUGAAUUUGAUCCUGCCAGAUUUCAAGAAGCCAGCCUGUUUUGGAAUGUAUAUAGUCUGCUAUUUUGAGGGGAUAAGUAGUGAAAAAGAUAUACCUGAUCUCUUCAACGUCACAUCCAGGUACCAGCUGAUGGACAAGUUUGAAGAUAUUUAUUUUCGGAUUCAGGAUUUGGAGAAGUUUGAACCUGGACGCAUCCAUCGAAUCCAGGAAAUCACAGCUGAAAAUUACAUUGAUACCCCUAGUGGGAGGAAGUUGAAAGAGGCAGUACAAAAGUUCAGGAGCUGGCAGACAGAGCACCCAGACUGGUUUGAGAGUGAAACUGUCUGCUUGGAUAAUGAAGAAGAGUUGCAGUCCCUGAACAGAGAGAGCCAAGUGGUUUCACUGCAAAGUGAACCAGGUGGAAUUGUGAAGAACCAGGUGCACCUACGGGAACCGGACCCUGACUGCUGUUAUGUCAUCAACCUGCACAUGCAUGAAGAUGAAAGUAGAGGCUGUAAACUGCAGCCUCAACUUAAUCCAUGUGGGGAUCCAGCUUCUCAGACUGUGGUCCUUCCUAUGGAUGAGGUUCCUCUUGUUCAGGUAGUCGAGCCUGUCUCUUCCAUGGAAGAUAGAAACAUACUUGGUCAUCAUGUGCUGAGUAAUGAGGACUGUAUGGAAGGAGCUCCUCUUCUGGAGACAAGCUUUACAAUGAGGAAUAACAUCAUCCUCCACGAUGACUCUGAAGUUUCAGUGAUAGAUGACCAGAGUCCUGCAAACCUCUCAGGUGAACUGAGACACCAUCUGAAUGGACUCAUGUACUCUCUUUAUCAGCAGCGUGUCAUUCCUUCAGAGCCGUCUCUCUCCCAAGAGGAGGCUGACAAGCAACACCAGUUGGUCUUUGAUGACCAAUGCAAAGACCAAAGACAGUCAGUGCAGUCAGACCAGGGCUACAUCUCUAGAUGUUCUCCUCUGCCUCCUGACGACCUUGUAGAGGAGGAAGAGGAAGAAGAAGAGGAGGAAGAUCAGGAAAAUCAGGUGGUCUUCCAAGAACUCUCCCCAGAGGUCUUGAACAGUCUAAAGAGCCUCCAGCAGCAGCUAUUUUUCCAGGACAUUCAACGGAGUUCUGACUGGGGGUAUCCAGCUGAGGUGAUGGACAAUGGCCAGUCUUUGGAGGACUGUUAGGCUCUAUCUGGGACCUUCUGCAUUUGAAGUACAGGGAUGGAAGAUGGUACCAUGCACAGUGCUGAAACCACAUUUCCAAUACCAUCCCUGUAUUAUAAUGACUUAUUGGUGGGAUCUUUCUGUCUGCUGCUAGGAGGCAGGAUUGCCCAGUAGCCCAGUAACGUUGUUCCUAGUCUCUGUGGAAAGAAGCAAUGAUCAUUAGCCACCUCUGUGAAAGAACAGACCAUAGUUCUGUUCCUUGGGGAAGUGCUUUACAUUGAGUCCUCACUGAUGGACGGCAGAACUACUGUGGCUCAUCCACUUGUGCCUUCAAAAUGCCCUCCAGCUGUACUGGUUCUAUUGCACUGGAUAAAAGUCAUGGCGAGCAUUUGGAAAAUAGAUUUAGAUAACAUGGCAAAAUCUGAAUUGCCAUUUUAAUGCACAUUUUUAUUGUAAAUACUGUGUUAAAGAUGUGCCUUAAACUUCAGCUAGGUUAGGGCUGUCUCUGCCUGGUUGAUAAUGUGUAUCUGAAGUUUGUUGUGUUUUUUUUUUUUUGCCAGUCAUUCAUUUGCAACUGCAUUUCCAUGGCCAUUCAGAAAUCAAGGGGAGGAACUGAGCAGUGAGUGAGAGAAACUUUUAAUUAGGAGUCUCCAUAACUCUCCCUGCCUCCCUACUGUGAGGUGUAUUCUUGAAAACCAGCAGUAGGAGGAAGGGGAGAAAAGGGGACAGUGGACCAGAAAGUAGGAUUUGGGCUCAUUACACGAUUCUGAGAAGAAUGUGGGACAGAAUACAGAAUUACUGAAUCACAAGAGUCUGGCAUAUUCUGUAACCCACUGCUUGUUGCUGUAUCACCAAGAAGACUUGAACUGAAGAUGAAGAUGGUGACACACAAUUACGGAAAGGGGAGACUAUUUUGGAGGGGGAGAACACGUGGCUGCAGCAGAUGCUGUUUUAGAGUGGCGAUUAUAACUCGAGUUAGGGGAAGCUGAGCUAAAAUGAGUGUUAAGAUGUACUUAUGUGGAUAUAAACUCAAGCACAGGUAUUUCAGGCUAACUGAUGAGAAAUAGUUAAUAAACUAAGAAAGGAUCGUCUUCCAGGUGCAGGGAUGGUAACUAUAAGUUCUAGUGUUUUGAAAAGAUCGGGCAUGAUGCACUAGAAAAAAUUGCUCCCUGCGAGUGAUUGCAUGUUGGCCCGUGUAGCACUCGCUGGUUAGUGGAGUAGUCAAGGCUGGUGUUUACCCUGUUUAUUACAGUUUUUGCAGUCCAGCCUGCUGGUUAACAGCUUGUGAGACGUAAGUGCAUUCAGGCCUUUCUCCUUUGUGUUCAGAUAAGCUUAUCUUCCUCUCCUAAGUUUACUUGUUAAUAAAAUCUUAAGAGUUUUACUUCAACAUUUGAAAAAUCUGGUGUAUCAGAAGAUAUUCUGCUCUUUUGACUCACAACCAAUAUUUUAAUGUAUAUUCUAUAAUUUUAUUUGUUUAUAACUUGUGUUUUGUUCUUUAAAUUAAACAAAGAGUACUUUUGGCUA